AAUUGGUUUCUUCUUCAGAGGAUGAUACCGAUCCAUCUUCCUCAAUUGCUCCUUCUAUCUCGCGGGGUUCUUCAUGUCCUCGAUGCAUGAUUUUCAAUAACAAAAUCAAGUGGCUUUGUUCGCGUAUUGAAAAGUAUGAAGAAAGCAUGCAAGCUCGUAUUAAUAAAUUGGAACGGCUUCUUGCAUUGGCUUUGAAUGGGCAGAAUGACGACAAUAGUGGAUUUGGUGUUUCUUCAUCUUAUCCUUCGAUGGUAUCUUCCGUGCCGUAA